AUGGCGGAACUGCUGACGAGCAGAGCCGACAAGUGGUUCCAGACGAGUCGCCUCCAAGGGGCCGACUGGACCACCUUCCGACGAGAAUUUCUGGAGUUCUUCCUUCCCCCCAGAUACCUCCAACGCUUAGAUGACCGGAUUCGGAGUCGCGAGCAGUUGGAGGGGGAAACCUUCAAGGAUUUCAUGCUAGACCUUCGCGUUCUCAUGCGCCACGCAGGCUACGAUGAAACCCAAGAGCUGAAUCGGCUCUACGAAAACGUCGCGCCGGAGUAUCAAAUGUAUAUCCGGCGUAGCGAGUUUCAAACCAUCGGGGAACUAGCUCAAUUAGCCACCGAGUUCGAGGCUGUUCAGAAGCGGAGCCGCGAGCGACAGCACGGCAACCCUAUCGCCAUGAAUACCCCUGUCCGCAAUCCGCUUCCCCCACGUCAGAUCCGCCCUCCUUCUCCGAUGAGACCCAGUCAGGGAAACACACCUCACACACAGCCUGAGCCCCGAGCACCCGAGCCCGCCAGGGUUAAUCGGGUGACAGCAUCUGAUCGGCGAAUUGAUGUCCGAGAUGCAUGCCGCAACUGCGGGGAGCCGGGACACUUCAGCCGCGAUUGUCGGAACGCCCGGCAAUACUUCAGUUGGGAUUGCGGACGUCGAGACGUCCGAACCGUCGAGUGCUGCCGACGGCAACCACAGGGAAACGGGGUGGGUCCCCUCGACCGGCGGAGUCCGUCGGGACCCAAUUCCGGGAGUCAGCAGUAA